AUGGAUUUAAUGCAGAGAGUCUUUAAGAAGUAUCUGGAUCAGUUCGUAGUGGUUUUCAUUGAUGAUAUUUUGAUAUACUCUAAGACUCGAGAGGAACAUGUUAAGCACUUGGAGAUAGUUUUGCAGAUAUUAAGAGAGUAUAAGCUAUAUGCCAAAUUCAGUAAGUGCGAGUUUUGGCUGGAAGAGCUAUCUUUUCUAGGGCAUAAAGUUUCUAAAGAGGGAAUUGCCGUGGAUCCGGCAAAAGUUGAGGCCAUAAUGAUGUGGAAACAGCCAGAAACUCCAACAGAAGUUAGAAGUUUCUUGGGUUUAGUAGGUUACUAUAGGAAGUUUAUCAAGGAUUUUUCGAAGAUUGCUGGACCUAUGACCGAACUAACCAAGAAAGGUAACAAGUUUAUCUGGGCUCCAAAGUGCGAGUCCAGCUUUCAGGAGUUAAAGAAGCGAUUAACAUCCGCUCCUGUUUUGGUAUUACCUGAUGGAGGAGAAGGUUAUGUCGUAUACUCUGAUGCUUCUAGAGAAGGUCUAGGAUGUGUUUUGAUGCAAAAAGGAAAGGCCAAUGUGGUAGCCGACGCUCUAAGUAGAAAAGCCCAAGUAGCGGGGUUAAUGGUUAAAGAAUGGGACAUGCUAGAAGAGCUGGGUAAAUUGGAGACCUCCGCUACCGUCGCUGCUCGAGUCAUCCACGGAAGAGGAGCAGAUGAAGAAGCCGUAGAUGAGAGGCUCUGGAAGCGCUGA